AUGAUUUAUCUCACAGAUCACUAUCCGACAUCUAUUGCUCGAAUUAAUUUUAAUAAUGAUCGAAUCGAUGAUUUAGCUAUAUUACAUUGCAAUGGAACUGUAACAAUAUUUAUUGGCUCAGAUCAUGGACUUUUUGAACGAAAAGAUUUAUCUUUCGGAACUCAUAUUGGUUGCAUUGAUAAAUGUUAAUCCAUAUUAAUUUCGAUUUCAACAAUGGUUACAAAACGUUCUGAUGAUGAUGAUUCACAACAUCCUAAAGAAAUUGAAGCACCAUAUUUUCUUCAUCCACCUGUAUCAAAAGAUGUUCCAAAAAUAUCGACAGCUACUACACCAAAAGAAAUUGAACAACCAAAUUCUCUUCAUAAACCUGUAUCAAAAGAUGUUCCAAAAAUAUCGACAGUUGCUACACCAAAAGAAAUUGAAGCACCAAAUUCUCUUCAUAAACCUGUAUCAAAAGAUACUCCAAAAAUAUCGACAGCUGCUGCAGCCAAUCCCCCGUCAGUUAUCACACCAGUGAGCAGGUAGAGUAAUUGCUUUUAAAUCUAUCGGAGAUAUAUUUUGCGAAUAGAUUUAAUCUAGAGUUUAGUCACGUUGAAACUCAUCUGUUUAUUUUGAUCCAAAAAUAGGAUUAUAACAUCGAUAACUGCAUAUAGACCUGAUUGUGAUUAAAACUACUGAGUUUUUAAUACAGUUCUCGUUAUUUAAUCACUCUUUAACUGCCAUUGUAAACAUUAAAUUUUCAUACAGAGCUGUUUAGAGGGUGUGGGUGUGGAUGUUGGUAUAAUGGGAUAUAACUAUCCACACCCACACCCACACCCUCAAGAUUUAAUCAUUUAGCAGUGAUCUGUGUUGUAAUUGACACUCGAAGUGAAUUCUCAUGUUACACAGAUGUAACAUAUGGUUGGAGGUAUCUUCAUCUUCUUUUGUAAUUGUGACAACUGUAGUUGUCUUUCAUAGCCUAUCAAAAGUUAUUAAAAAAAUACUUCGCUACUUUUUUAUGCAAAAUCGUUAUAGUUAGUAAUAAACUUCUCUUUGCCGAAGUUUUAUUUCUACAAUACUAGUUAGAAAAUGACUAAAUACGACAGUAUUAUUUUUAGUAUGUCCUAAGUGAAUACGUUUUAAUAAAAUGAUUUUACUGAAAAUAUUGAUAAGAUAAAUAAUUUUCUUCUUUCGUUUUUAGUAUGUCGAUACCGAACAACAAACCACAGAAAAAAAGUACGUACACAAAAAUUCUUCGAGUUAUUAUUAAGUGUAAAGAAACUCGACCCAACCAAAAUAAUAUUACAACAAACAAAUGUUAGUGAGUUCUUUAAGAAAUUUCAUCUGGGAUAAAAAGAAGUAGAUCUUGGUAUUCUAUAUGUAUCUUUGUUAUAUUCAAGAAUUAUUGCGGCUAAAAAGAAAUUUGAUCUUCAUUAUGUCAAACUUUGAAAUUAUUUUGAAUACUUAUCAUUUUCAUUUAGAACAGCAAGUAGUUGAUAUACCUGACACUUACGAGGGACUUCGUCAAGCUCGUUCAAAUGCCUUGUGUUCAUUGAUUAUUACAGCGUUUUGAAGUAUUUACUUGAAACAAAGAAAAACCAAUGAAUCAAAUUUUUGUUAUAAACAUUCAUAUAUCUAUAGUUUUUCAAUCGUUGAUCAUAACAACACGUUCAUUUGUGUGGAAAAUAAAUAAGUGAAUAGGAUGUUGAAGGUCGUUCAAUUCAGUCGUUCCUUAUGAGAACUACUAUGUAUGUAAGUACUUCUUAAUUUAUUCUAAGACACCGAAGAUAAAUGAACACUACCAUCCUAAUGAUUAUACAACUACCAUAGAAUUUUCAUGGUAAUAUCAACUGAAACGACUUUCUUCUGGAUGAGAGAAAUUUUAAAAUAGAAUGUUUGUGACAAAUGUAGCAAAUGCCGUUAUAACUGAUCGUUUUCUAUGUAAUCUCAAAUCAACGAAUCUACUGCAAGUAUUCACUCUGAAAUAAAACAAAAUAAUGAAACAGAAUAUUGACUGGUAAACUAAUAUUCAACUGUCACAUAAUCACUAGCGAAUGAGUCACAGCCAAUGUAUUAUUUUUGAACUAUGCAUUGAAUUGACACAGAUCUGCUAUUCAGAUCAUUCACGUCUUAUUUAACCAUCAAUAAACUGUCGAAUGAAAUCAUUUACAAUAAUGUAAACAAAAUAUAUUCACAGAAUCUAUUGAUAAUGAUUAUUCAUUUGAUCAUAGACCCUUGAUAAGUGUAUCUU